UGUUAGUCCCCGUUAGAUACAGUUCACUCCUCAGUCCUCGCCUGAAUUGACCGGAGGUCGACGACGACGGACGGCGGCGUAAGCCUCUCGGCGGAGGCUCCGUCGCACGGAGAGGCCCUAAGAACCUCAGAGCGAAGCCAUAUAAAGCCCAAAAUUCUCAAAAGCCAUGGGAGAGAGCUCCGUCGAUGGCAUGAUCAAGGGCCCUUACUCUCCGCCCAGGGACGAAGGGCCGUUCAUGGCCGAAAGCUUUGCCCCCCGAAGCCCUCCGCAGCCGGCGGGAUUGGAAUUUUUCUUGCUGGAUAUUAACCGCAUCCCGGACGUUAAUCACUGGGGCGGCGGCCCGUCGGCGGUCUCCAGAGAGUUCCCUGCGACCGUCGACCUCUUGUGGAAGGAGCCGUUCUCCCGGAGCGAGAGCUCCACGAGCGCGGUGAUCAUGGGCCCGGACGACCUCUUCCUGAGGGAUUCGCCCCCUAAGAAGCGCCACCGCGGGAGCAAAUCCCUUCACCGGAGCGAAGCCCCUGUGGAUUACCUGAGCACCUUGACGGACGAGCUACUCCAGCACAUCUUCUCGUUCCUCCCCACACUCGACGUCGUCAGGACCUGCACGCUCGCGCGGCGGUGGCAGAGGGCCUGGAAGGACACGUGGAUGACAUCCGGCAGCUUGACGUUCUCCCUCCCACCGUGGAUGCACGGCCGCCUGCGCCAGUUCUCGGAGAUCGUGGACCGGUGUCUGAAACCCGGCUCGCCGAGUAAGUUGCAGAAACUCCGCCUCGCCAUUCCUUAUGAUAGGACCCUCAGGGUUAAGCUUAAUUCAUGGCUUCGAGCUGCCCUCGAUAGACGCGUCGAGGAUCUCGCCCUAGAAUUGAUCAGGGAGACCUAUAAAUUGCCCGAAGUUCUGUACAGUUGUGCUUCAAUGGUGGACCUUUCCCUUAGGAGGUGCCUCUUUGGGCAUGUUGAGAAGAUCGACUGGCCGUUUCUUAGAGUCUUGAUGCUAGAGAGAGUAGAGUUGACGGAUGCCGUCAUGAACGAGAUCUUCAGAGGAAGCCCUGCUCUGGAGUUUCUGAAACUGUUCAGUUGCAGGGGUGUGGAGAAUAUCGAGAUCAACUCGAGGAAGAUGAGGGAAAUGGUGAUCGGGUAUGAGAGCACUAUAGCUGCGGAUGUGGGUCCCCAUUUAUUGGUGAAAGUCUCAGCUCCUUAUUUGCGGGUUCUGCGGUUGGUGGGGGAUUGGGCUGCGAUGACAUUGAGGUUGCUCGAUGUGCAGUCCUUGGUCGAGGCCGAGUUGAAGUUCCUAGAGAAUGUCCACUGGUUCGACAUUCACAGUUUUCAAAUGCAAAGCUCCUUGUUGAAGGGAUUGCUAAAUGAGCUGAAACAUGUUGAUAAACUAACCAUCGACCAUUCAUGCCUUCAGCUUGUAUCGACAUUUGACACAUGCUCUCUGUCCUCUCCGCCUUCACAAAACAAGAUACUGAUACUGAACGCCAAGGUUGACAGAUGGGUCAUUUCCAGGAUAGCAGGACUGCUGGAGAGAUCAUGUUUCCUGGAGAAAUUGGUCAUAGACAUGACUUCCUUGAGCAUGUCUGAGUUUCCGGUUGAAUCUCUGGGGAUUCCAUGCCAUGACGAAGAAUUAUACUGGGUACUCAGCCGGGAGUUGCAGAGCUUACACUGCUUGAACCAGUGCCUCAAACGUGUCGAGAUAGUCAGUUUCGAUGCUAACUCUUUGGGUUCGAAAGCCGUGCUCGCCCUUAUAAAGUUUCUGCUGCGGGAGGCUGUGGUACUGGAGAAGAUGGUAAUCAAUGUGGAGGGGAGCAGAGCUAAGGACAGAGCUGGAUCAGUUGAAGCAGGAGACCUGUGGAAAUUGUUCGAAGUGACACAUAAAAUUCAGAGCUACCCGAGAGUUUCCGAGGGUGCCGAGCUAGUAUUCAAUUAUCGUUUCAAGGGAUGUUCGUUCUGGAUGGAUGCGUGAGUACUACUCGGUACUCAUUCUAAGGAACCAACCGCUAUUAUAUGUAGGUUCGAGCUGCUAACAAUAUACCGACGCUUUAGCAGGCACGAAAAUGACCUUUUGAGGAAUCUAUCUAUCAAGUUGAUGUAGGGUUUCUUCUAAUAAGUUGGUUCAUUACAGAUGCAGGAAUGCUAUCGAGAGGCUAACAGCAUUGUAGUUGUUUGUUCGUAGUCAUAAAUUUUCUUUUACGAACUGGUUUUAGAUGGGAAACGUUUGUUCUUAGGGGAGUAGGAAAGCACCAAAUAUGUACAGCUUUAAUUUUUUCUUUUUCCUUGCAAUAAUGUAAAUCUAAUGUAGAGUUUGUUGGCAUUAAUUAAUGUUAUAUCGAACUUCUCCCGCAUAAGGUAAUGUUUAUUAAAUCUGUAUUUUGCA